UUUGGAAAGUGUUUCGGGAGCAAAGAGGGGAGGAGGGCAAGCAGCGAACAAUUCCGUCGUUUAUAUUUUUGUUUUCGUUCAGCUUACACCGGACGUUGUGUUUCGUUUUUUUCUCUCCUUCGCCUAUCUGUCCAGUACGCGUUGGAAGGAGGUGUAAACGUGAAACGUUGGAGUCCGUAGGAAAUUGCGUUACCAUUAUUAGUACCACAGCGCACACACACCGCCUGUGUGUGUACUUUCGAAACGUGCAGCAAGCUUUCCGUUUUUCGUAAUUCGCCAAGAAGAAGGUGGAAAAUCAAUAGCCGCCACUGCGCGCUACCCCAGCAUUGGCGAAGUUUUCUGGGUACACGGUUCAGUGCGUUCGAUAGUUGGUAGCAUCAGUCCACAGGUGGCGGUUUCACGUGCUCUUGUGAUCAGACGAUCGCUCUUGCACCGCAAACAUGUCGCAGAUGGGCCGCGCCGUAAAGAACCUGGAACCGCCACGUCCGCUGAAGUCAACGCUGAAGCAAUCGCACGUCCAUCUGCCGGUUUAUGAAGUUCAAUCAAUCGAGGAGCUCAUAACGCUGACGGAGAAUGUGGCCGCUAGCCUGGCAAAUGGCUGCAACAAUGCGGAUGGUGUGAAUGCACUACUGGCGAAUCUGCGGCUACACGGGCCACAACUGGAGAAUGUAUCGAAAGAUACGCUGGACCGUGCGUUGGUCAUUUUCCGCAACGCGUCACAGGACGAACGGCUGAACAUAAUGACGCGAUUGAAUCUGUUGCAAUUAAUCGAGCUGCGAGCCAAAUCCUGGCAGGUUUCUGAUGGUGCAAACACCUACUACAAACACAAGGCAACAAAUGUGGAGCCUGACAUUUUGGCCGACCCGAACCUGCUGGGAUCCUCCCCGCCGAUGGGCCAAGCUGUGCCCGCGCUGGCACCGGGUGAGCUGAUUCGGACCUCUGGCAAAUUCCCGAAGCCUACGAAGAUACCCGGUAAAACGUACUGCAAGGACGAGAUCGUGAUUCGCAACGCCGAUUCUGGAAAAGUGAUGGGGAUCAAGGGACGUAGAGUUCAUAUGAUUGAAGAACUGUCGGAAACUGUUAUUUCGUUCCAAAGAGUGGCUACCGGGGCAAAAGAACGGCUGGUUCAAAUAACAGGACCCAAUGAGGAAAAAAUCAAUUAUGCGAAACAGUUAAUCGAAGACACUAUUCGUCGCAACGCAUCCCCGGUACGUUUGGACAAUUCCCAGGAUGGAUCCUGCAGUUCUCUAGCGUCAUCCGGUUCGGAUGAGACAGUCCCGAGAAAGGAGGCAGGAUCGAACGCAAGCGCAAGAAGUGCCUUAGUUGGGGCCAUGGCAGAAAUGGCAGCUAGCAAUGGUACGCACGGUAUGGGUGGCUUCAUACCCAGCCAGCAGUCGGUAUCGGGCACGGUAACCGGGGCCCUCAGCCUGAAUCUCAGUGGCUACUCACAAACACCACCAUCAUACACGCAUCCGAAGCUGUCACGUAACGGAUCACAGAACAAUGCGCAGCGCAACAGCGCCGGCAAUGGUGGCUUGCUGCUGCACAGCUUCUCCACGAACGAUGCGUCACUCGGCGAGUACAAGUACACGGUGAACGUGGGUCAACAUAAUCUGAAAAUUACUGGCGACUGUUUGGAGCUAGUGAAGGUGGCCAAAUUAGUGCUCGAUGAUUACUUUAGCAGCAACGAAUUUCUGGCUUCGGUAGACAUGUGCUCAAGUUUCGAUCUACCGAACACACUCUCUUCGCCGGUGGGAACGAUGCCUGGCCAGCAUUCGCUUAUCACCGGCACACCAUUCGUCGACAGCGGUGUCGGUUUGAACAACAUUGGCACCGCGGUCGGUGAGGUAGGCAACAGCAUCGAGCUGGACGAUGAUGUGUUUAUCGUCGAAGCGGGUGCGACCGGCUAUAAGCCGAACGAAGUGCAAACCAGCAGCAGCAAUACUACGAUUUCAGCCAGCAAUAAUGGCCUGAGCCGGUCUCGUCGGAGCCAUUUUUCGCGCAAGGAUAGCGCGGGCGAUGGGCUGAAGGAGACUACAGCGACGGCAGCCAAAUUGGAUACGAACGCAGUGAAACGUAUCGAAUAUGAACGGCUGAUUUACUACGCGAAGUCACCGUAUUCGUGGGAUUUGCCUGCUGACUGGAAGCGUAUAUGUGAAACUCUUCCUUAUUUGGUAAAAAAUAAGGAUAUCGAAGAUCAAAAGAAUCGUUUUAACGGUGACCAAUUUCUGGAAAUGAAAAAGCAAGCAGCAAAGGACAGUAGUGUGCAGGGAAGCAAUCAGCUCCCGGAUGCAGGCGAUGCCGCUGGUGAGCAACAACAACCGAACAGUGAUGGAUCAACCGACACCGGGGAUAAAGGGUCUGUUGCUAAUGCGACACAGAUGGAAAAGGCCAGUGCAUAGACAUGGAAUAAGUCCGUGGCAUGCGAAACAUAGACUCUGCUUCCCAGUGCAAUUGUGUAACGUAUUAUUAACAACAACACGGGGAAGAAUAGUUCACAAUCUGUCCGUUGUCGGCACAUCGAACCAAGGACGACGAAUUCGAAUACCCUACGAAACGUUUAGGUCUUCAUCUUAUCGCGCGGUAAUCGCUCUUUCUGUUUUUACGUCCAAUCAACAAUAUCAUUUAGCUGCUAGCUUUUUACAUUAAGCAUAAACUAAUCCUCUACUAACAUGAACGAGAUUAAUAACUUUUUUUACAUUUUAUUUUACACACAAUAUUAUAAGAGAAGCCCGUUUUGUGGGGCGAGCACCGAUCGAGAUUAUUUUCCCGAUCUCUCUUGUGAAAUGUCAGUGAAGACAUUCGACCGUUUGAUCGGUUUAUCGUUUUGUUUUUUUUUUUGUUAGCUGAAAGUUAUGCGCCUAGAGCAAAAUAUAAACUGUACACGAAUUUUCGAGAGCUAAUCACCCUAAUAAUACACGUGUACCAAACACUUUACGAGCUGGAAUAGCGUUACGUGUUUAAUCGAGCUUUUUUGCUUCGCAAUCUUAAAGCUAACCACCGAGAAAGAUGAUAUUACGGCGCUGGGGAGUUAUUCUUCUUUUUGCAAAAGAUACAGACCCCCGCGCGUGGUACUAUUCAGUGAUAUUUUCAAAAUGUGGUUUUAUAUGCCAAAUAUUAAUAAAAAACGGAAAAGCAUAAGUGGAAGUAGAAACACAACAAUACAGAGGCGCAGAAAACCCGUGAUAAAAAGAUCGCAGAGAGGACGGGAAUACGUGUACUGACAUCCUUUAAUAUUUACCAUUUAUUUAUCAAUUCAUUAAUGCAAGCAAGCAAGAACCCUGCUGAUACGAUUAGCAGAUUAGCAGUAAUAACAAACAAAAAAAUCAUAAUGUGUAUUAAUAACUUUCUAGUCUCAGCGAAAUAGGGAAGAACAAAACCAGCGCAUCGUGUUCGACUCUCAAUGCAAUCAAAACUUUUCGUUCGCAUCUCAUAAUACCCACGACGACGACGACGAUGACCCAAACACCGAUAGGAAUGCGGUUUUGUGUUCUCAUGUUCGCGCGCACGACGUACCCUCUCAUUAGAUAUGGAUAUUGAUUUUUUGUUUUUUUAUAUUAUUGUUUGUUGUUUUUUUGUUUGCAAUGUGUUAUCUCGAACCAUGUGUAAAUCAAUGUGUUUUUGUUUGUUUCUUUCCGCUUCGCGGUGUGAUUCGCAGAGUCACGACAUUUGCAAGUUUUCCCUUUAUUUAUUGAUUAUUUAUGCAGUAAUAUUUGAUAAAGCAAUAUGUUGUUUGUUUUUCGUUUUGUUUUGUUUGCUGUACUUUGGGAGAGGGAAUUAAUGUUCUUCCCACCAUUCAUCAUGCAUGCAUAACACAAGCAUUAUUACUGUUUUUGUAUUUUGACGACUGCUAAAGGGAAGAGAAUUCAUUCGCCGGGGAAAAUAGUUGUUAAACCAAUGGACUAAUGAAAACAUUGUAACUUGGGUUUCGUACAACACCAAAUACAGAUUAGAUGUUGUUUUUUUUUUUGCUUUGGCGAAGGAAAGCCAACAGCCGAAUAUGAAUUUCAUGAGAAGUUAGCUAUACCAUUUAACUUAUCACUACACCGAUGUAUUCUAACGGAAAACCAUGGAUAAUAAAAACACACAUUUAUCUAGUA